UCUGAUUCAUUUAUGAUUUUAAGACAGCACCGGAUGUAGUGUCUGGCGCGUUUUUUAGAUUGUUAGGUCAUUAUUAAUCUCUUUAUCAGAGAACAACAAAGAUGUCUGGUGUACCUAAUAAUUUUAGAAGACGUCUCAGUGGGAUUAGGGAUCGCAUAAAUGCCCAACUUGACAGUUUACUUGAAGCAUCACCAGCAGAGCUUGGAGAACAAAGUCUUGUGGACAGGUUUGAGAUGUUCCGCAACGAACAGCCGUUGCAUGGUCCUGCUCGUCCCAGAAGGACGCGGAGGAGAAAUGUGACAUGUACAUUUAAAGUAACUCUUCUCCGCACUGGUAUUGAUCGGUUAUCUUCUUUGAGAGAUGCCAUUGCCAGUCAGAGACUUGUUGUACAGAGAGAGCAGAGUGAGACACAGUUUGCAGAAAUUCUCAGAAGCACGUUUCCACAGCUUCAAGGGAGAGAGUUUGAAUUAUGCAGGGUUGAUGCACAGAGGCAGGUUUCACGUUUGAGUCUGGAGUCAAAAACCCCAGCAGCCAUAAUUGGUAGUGGGCAGCUAGGAAGAUCGGCACUUUAUGUACAAGAGAAGAGUACUUAUGCACUUGCACAAGUGAACUCCUCUCCAGCUCCAGCCGUGGCCUCCUUCUCAUCUCCAGCCGUGGCCUCCUUCUCAGCUCCAGCCGUGGCCUCCUUCUCAGCUCCAGCUCCAGCCGUGGCCUCCUCUCCAGCUCCAGCUCCAGCCGUGGCCUCCUUCUCAGCUCCAGCUCCAGCCGUGGCCUCCUCUCCAGCUCCAGCUCCAGCCGUGGCCUCCUCUCCAGCUCCAGCUCCAGCCGUGGCCUCCUUCUCAGCUCCAGCUCCAGCCGUGGCCUCCUCUCCAGCUCCAGCUCCAGCCGUGGCCUCCUCUCCAGCUCCAGCUCCAGCCGUGGCCUCCUCUCCAGCUCCAGCUCCAGCCGUGGCCUCCUCUCCAGCUCCAGCUCCAGCCGUGGCCUCCUCUCCAGCUCCAGCUCCAGCCGUGGCCUCCUCUCCAGCUCCAGCUCCAGCCGUGGCCUCCUUCUCAUCUCCAGCCGUGGCCUCCUUCUCAGCUCCAGCCGUGGCCUCCUCUGCUGCUCCAGCUCCAGCCGUGGCCUCCUCUCCAGAAGUUUCAGUGGCAUUUUCUUUACUCAGUCCAGACACAGAUAUUUAUAUCUCAGAUGAAGAUGAGUAUGAUGUUGACCUGAAAUCAUUGUUAAAUACAAUGUCAAACAAAGUGGAUUUUACAGCUGCACCCAUUUCCAACCAAAUCAAUGUAACACGAUGCAACAUCCUAGACAGUGGCAUCAGAGCCUUCCGACGCCAACGUUUUAACCCUGAGGCAAAACUAGAUGUUGUGUUCAGAGAUGCUGAUGGGAUUGGUGAGGGAGCCGCUGAUGAGGGUGGACCAACGAGAGAAUUUUUAACUUUGCUGAUGAGGGAAAUCCACUCAUGCGAAAUAUUUGAUGGAGAGGACUGGAAAAAAACACUUGCCUGCAAUUCCAAAGCACUGUACAAUGGAAUGUACAAAAUAGUUGGACGGAUGAUAGCUGUGUGCCUGAUACAUGGUGGUGUGGAGCCAAAUUUUUUUUCAGAAAGACUGUUCUGUCAGGUGUGCAACCUUCAGCCCCCAGUACCAGACCUUCAAGAGAUUGCUGACUAUGACUUCAGAGCAAAGAUGACCAAGAUCCAGUUGGCACAGAAUGUAAAUGAAGCACAGUGUGCUAUAAUGGAGGCGUCUGACCAAUUAAGUAUGCUGGGGUCUCUAUGGCACAUCCAGACGCUAGAAGACAGAGACAACUUAGUGGAAUCAGCUACCAAGUUUUUCAUCGAGAACAGGUUGAGGGAUUCCUUGGAACAAUUUAAAGAGGGCCUGGAGUGUCUUGGGCUUUUACAUUUGAUGCAAAAGCAUCCUCAGCUCUUUAAAGAAGUAUUUAUGUAUGAGGAGAAGCCACUUUUGGCCGAAGACAUAUCUGCUUUGUUUAAAGCAGAACUUUCUCCAGUUGGCAGCAACAGGAGAGUAGUGGAGAGUAGAACAAUCUGUUUCUGGAGGGACUGGCUCAUAGAAGUGGAAGAAGGAACUGCAUAUCCCCUCACCUUAGACAAGAUUCUUGGAUUUGUGUCAGGAUCUACUGCUAUUCCGAGGCUAGGGUUCCCAGUGGAACCCAAAUUGGAGUUCUUACACCCUCAAGAGAAUGAGGCCCCUAAAAUUUUUCCAGAGGCAAAUACCUGCAGCAUUGUCUUGAGGCUACCAAUCCAUCCCAGCUAUGAACUCUUCAGAGAAAACAUGGAAAGUGGUAUUUUGCAAUCCCCCACUUUUGGAGUGAUGUAGAAAAAUUGUGUUGGCUGUUACUGAUGUAAUAGUUUUAAAUAUUUUCAUGUUUUAAAGUUUUAUUAUGAAACAUGAAGAGCUAAAUUGGCACACCACUGCUCUAAGAGUAGAAAAAUAUUUAUAUUCUCACCAAAAGUGA